AUGGACCCGAUCCGGAGCUUCUGUGCAAAGCUGCGGUCCCUGGCGGCCACCGUGGACGGCGAAACGGCGCGGCUGCAGCGGGCACUGGAGAGGGAAGACAGCGACUUUGUAGGUUAUGCAGUAAGAAUUUUACAUGACCUUAAUUCAGAAGUUCGGACUCUAAAGGAUAAUGUCAAUAUUCUUCUUGAUAAAGCAAGUUUGGAAAGUCAAGAAAGCAUUGGUUUCAUAAAGGCGGCAAAAGUACUGAUGAAAAAAACCUCAGCAGAUAUUAUAAAAAUAAGAGAGUUUUUCCAGAAGUAUGGAUAUAAUCCACAGGCCAAGAAAAAUUCAGUGGGUGAGCAAGAAGCCAGUGACUCUAAACCAGAGUCCACUAGAGAUGAAAACCUUCAAAAGCCUGAUGUAAAGGAUGAUAUGUCUAAUCCUGUUGUUCCAAGCAGCUCUGUUUCUGAGAAGAUUCCAUGUAGUCCACAACUUUCAGAUUUUGGACUUGAGCGGUACCUGAUAUCGCAAAUUCCACCAAAUCCUCAACAGGCAGUAAACAAUCAUAAGAAAGAGCCAAACACGUUAACUCCGUCUUCCAAACAAUUACCAGUUAAAAUACUAAAAACUCCAAAAUGUGCAAUAAAUAUGGAUGAUUUUGAGUGUGUGACUCCUAAAUUAGAGCACUUCGGUAUCUCUGAAUAUACUGUGUGUUUGAAUGAAGAUUACACAAUGGGACUUAAAAAUGUGAAGAGUAAAAGUGAGGAAGCUGUAGAAUCAGAACUACUGUCCAGUGAUAGCACCACUGCUGGCCUCAUGAACCAGCAAUUGGAAAAAAAUGAUGAUGAAUAUACAAAGUCUCCCUUGGCACCUACAUUCUGUACUCCUGGUUUGAAAAUUCCUUCUACAAAGAACAGAACAGCUUUGGUAUCCACAGAUUAUCCAUUAUCAAAAACAAAUAGUUCAUCAAACGAUUUGGAAAUGAAAUACUGUACAACAUUAGUUUUGAAUUCAGACAAGUGCUUUGAGAGCUUUGCAGCUCCCUCUUCCCCUGUGAUUUCUUCUUAUGAGAAUCUCCUCAGAACACCUACACCUCCACAAGUAACUACAAUUCCAGAAGACAUUCUCCAGGUUUUAUCAAAAUAUAACCCAAACCUAGCUACUACUCCAGUAGCACUCAAGGCAUGCCACCCAGAAAAGCAUUCUUUACUGGAUGUGAAGGAUGGAACAUCUGAGAUAUUGGCAACAACAAAACCAGUGAAAAAAUUCUAG